AUGGACUCCCCGAACACUGACCAUGGUCUCUCAGAUGCCAUUGAAGCCCUCGAGAUAUCACCGAUAUCUUAUCCUGAUCAAGACCGAUAUCCUCUGCGCCUCACCAAAUCCAUUCGAUAUUCCUAUUAUCUAUUGCCGAUAACUGAAAGAGGUACUGUGUCUGCUCCUGUUCUGGGUCCAUCCUUAGGAAUCUUCAGACUUCUUAGGGAUCGCUCCUAUAGCCAUGAGAUCGUGCACGAAGAUUUCAACUCCGACACUGUUUUCUACGAGAUUGUCGCCCUGAAGAAUGAGCUGAAUCAUAUGUUCAAGCGUGGACUUACACUUCAGCAAGAGAUAGCAUUUGAGAACCAUCUUUUCCACUCUCUCGCAUCGAUGGUUUAUGGCUCGAAUAUGAUUGAAAAAGCCGGGAGUGACUGGGACAUCACAUUCAAACUCUGUCUCGCAGUAUUCCAAGGAGAAGAGAUUCCCGAUGAGAUCGAAGAAGACACCCAAGACUACAAGGCUCUUAAGGAGAGUUUGAUCCGCCAGAAUCUCCCUGCAAGCAACUCAGCCGUGUUAAAAAGUUGGCGGGAGGUAGUGCAGCAUGCGAAAGCUGCAGAAUUCAUGAUGCACGAGCUACGUACCUUCCGCAAAGAUCUCAGCGAAGAGAUGAUUCUCAAAAUCCACGGAAUACUGACCCAUAAAAUCGACGCCGACUCCACACCCUGGGAGGAAUAUAGCGGUGUCUAUCGAUCCCACGAGGUUAGUGCAGGCUUGCAUGCAUUCCCCGAUCCUGCCCUCGUGCCACACAAGAUGAAGUCCAUGAUCCAUGAUCUUGAGAAUGAUCUGCAAGAUGUGAUAAGAGAAAAAACGAUCGACCCUUUCGCCUUGGUAGCAAAGUACACGCAUAUUUUCGUGAACAUCCAUCCAUUUAUUGACGGCAAUGGCCGUAUGUGCCGUUUAAUUCUCAACUCAAUGCUAGUGCGAUUUGGAUUCUUCCCGGUUUGGAUAGGGGUGGAUCACGAUGAUCGUUCAACAUAUCUGGAAAUCACCGCUAAUGGAAGUGCCCUUGAAGAUUUGUAUGAGGAUGCCGAAGAAGAUGAUAAGCCAGAGCUGCAUACAGAGCUAGCCAGCUAUGUCUUACGCCGUAUGAAGGACAGUAUGGUUGAAAUGAUCAGUGCCAUGACAGAAUGA